ACCCUCCGUGAUCUCUGAACAUUUCUGCAGGCGCGCCGAAGCAAGCAAAGAUGGUGCACGCCACGACAUCCGGGCACUUCAGCAGCGUGUUCGCCUCCUUCGACAAGGACUCCGACGGCAAGAUCUCGGCGGCAGAGCUGCGGCUGUGCAUGAAGGCAGCGCUGGGUGAGGAUGUGUCGGCGGAGGACGCCGAGUCGCUCGUCAACUCGGCCGACUCCGACGGCGAUCGGCUGCUGGACGAGGAGGAAUUUCUCAGGCUAGUGGGCCGGCCCGAGGCCGAGAUCAUGGCCGACGACGAGGAGCGGUGCAGGGAGCUGAAAGAAGCUUUCGCGAUGUACGAGGUGAAGGGCGAAGGCUGCAUCACACCGGCGAGCUUGAUGUUGAUGCUCAACAGGCUGGGCUCGCACCAGGGCAUCGAGGAUUGCCGGGACAUGAUCCAAAGGUUCGAUCUAAACGGAGAUGGAGUGGUUUGUUUCGACGAGUUCAAGGUCAUGAUGGAUGCCUAGCUGAGAAAAUUGUGUGAAUGUGAUGCACCGUUUGUUAGUUAAGGGUUUUUUUUCGUAUUGAGAAAUGAUACUUCAGUUGUU